AUCUCAGUAGGCGGGCGCAGGGCGCAGGGGCUGCUGGGAAGAUGGCGGGGGUGGGCCUGGCGGCCGUGGCCGCUUGGGUACCUUGUCGCAGGUGGAGCUGGGCGGCAGUCACCUUCGGCUUCCACCAUGGUUUCAGCACGUUACUUGCACGGAAGACUGAGCGGACGCCACAGUGGCUCCGAGCUUGCAGACACAAGACAUCAAUCUCUUUCCUUAGUCGACCAGACCUCCCAAACCUGGCUUAUAAAAGGCUAAAAGGCAAAAGUCCAGGAAUUAUCUUCAUCCCUGGCUAUAUUUCUAAUAUGAAUGGUACAAAAGCAUUGGCGAUUGAGGAGUUUUGCAAAUCUCUAGGUCACGCCUAUAUAAGGUUUGAUUACUCAGGAGUUGGAAAUUCAGAUGGUAACUUAGAAGAAUGCACAGUGGGAAAGUGGAGAAAAGAUGUUCUUUCUAUAAUUGAUGACUUGGCUGAAGGACCACAGAUACUGGUUGGAUCUAGCCUCGGUGGAUGGCUUAUGUUUCAUGCUGCAAUCGCAAGGCCACAAAAGGUUGUUGCUCUCGUUGGCGUAGCGACUGCUGUAGACGGCCUGGUGACACAAUUUAAUCAGCUUCCUAUUGAGGGUUCCUGCCUUUGCAAAAGUGCCUCUGGGAGGACGGAAGAAACGACUCCCACCCAGCCCCCUUGCUGCCCCGGGGCUUCAGGCUUGACUGUGAGUCCUGAGAUGGCUAACAGGGGCCCGAGCUACGGCUUAAGCCGAGAGGUGCAGGAGAAGAUCGAGCAGAAGUACGACGCGGACCUGGAGAACAAGCUGGUGGACUGGAUCAUCCUGCAGUGCGCCGAGGACAUAGAGCACCCGCCCCCGGGCAGAGCCCAUUUUCAGAAAUGGUUGAUGGACGGAACGGUGUUGUGCAAGCUGAUAAACAGUUUAUACCCACCAGGACAAGAGCCCAUUCCCAAGAUCUCAGAGUCCAAGAUGGCUUUUAAGCAGAUGGAGCAGAUCUCCCAGUUCCUAAAAGCUGCGGAGAUCUAUGGUGUCAGGACCACCGACAUUUUUCAGACCGUGGAUCUGUGGGAAGGAAAGGACAUGGCGGCCGUGCAGAGGACCCUGAUGGCUCUGGGCAGCGUUGCUGUCACCAAGGAUGAUGGCUGUUACCGGGGAGAACCGUCCUGGUUUCACAGGAAAGCCCAGCAGAAUCGGAGAGGAUUUUCCGAGGAGCAGCUUCGCCAGGGACAGAACGUAAUAGGCCUACAGAUGGGCAGCAACAAGGGAGCCUCCCAGGCAGGCAUGACCGGGUAUGGAAUGCCCAGGCAGAUCAUAAGACGCCACGUCCCACAGCCUGUAGCGGGGACGAAAGUGCCGCAUCGUGGUCUCUGUGAUAAAGAAGUAGUUAGUCACCUUCUGACCUUCUCAAAGCCUCCUGCCCCUGGUUUUUGCAAGUGCUGCGUUUCUGCUGCGAAUCCACGUUGCCUACUGCUGCCACCUCCUGUUCAUUUAGAACUAUGCAAAGACUCCGCUUCCUCUUCCUCAGCUCCUUUGCCCUAGAAGCCUUCGUUUGUCUGAUUAUUUAUUUAUUUAUUUGCCAAAAAUUUCCCUCCUCAACUUACAGAACACACCUAAUAAACAAAUUAGUCUUGUGUCUUCAAA